UCAUCAUGGAUGAUAGCGAUACGCCAACAUACUCAGAAACAAAAUUAAUAGAACUCAUCAAACGGCAGCCAGCGGUGUGGAAUAAGCACGACUCAUUGUACAAAAAUAAGGUCGCGGAAAGGACAGUAUGGAAAGAAAUCAGCAAUCUUUUAGAAACAGAUGUUACACAUCUCAAGAAACGAUGGCACAGUUUACGGGGACAGUAUCGCCGUGAGCUACGGUUGCCACGCUCCUCCAAGUGGAAGCAUUUUCAGCGAUUAAGUUUUCUUUCGGAAAGCAUGUCACCGAUCAAUGGUUCACCACACUUUCGCGCCGACGACGAUGAAGACGAUCCAAUCCGAAUUGAAAGGCCACAAACCAAAGCACCAUUGGUGAUCCUACCCAAGGAAGAACCAUUCGAAUGGGCCUGCGCUUCUACUACGUCACCGCAAAAAACAGCAGCAGUAGCAGCAGCAGCACCAUCACCACCAGUUCAAGCGGCACCGCCGGAUCUCAGCAAUGAGGGCAAUUACUAUUUUGCACUCAGCCUGGUAGGCAUCCUUAAUUCCAUCCCAAAAAGACAAGAGCUAUCCGCUCGGUUGGCCGUUCUGAACGCGCUGAGAGAUUUUCAGCAACCACGUGCGGAAGAAUGUUUGCAAUCGCAGCAAGAAGAUCGAAAGCAGGUAUGA